CUUUCCUUUUGUAAAUGGGGCAAUACUUACUAAUGUCACAUUAAUGGUAUAUCUCAAAAACGUUCUCUAUCGUCGUGAAUUAAAAAGAAAAUACUUGCGGAAUAUUAAUUCUAAAUUGCUAGAAAAUAUCGAAAACUUUCAGAACUAUCGUUUUACCGCUUGCGGUACGAAUUGUGCACUCGAUCUAUUUGACCUUAGCACAUUUACCAAACAAGAACGGAUUACGCUAUGUCAUUGUCUAACCGUAGACGUGAUUUGAGUCCCUCGCGUGGCGGUGUCGGUUCAAGUAAACUGCGUAUGGAUCGGCAACCAGUCGUUGCUCGCAUUACAGAUCCAAGUCUACCGAUUGGUAAGCGCAAAGAGAUUGACAACGUAAUGAAAAAAGCUCGGGCUGGCUCGACCAAUGAAUAUUGGGACAAAAAGUUGCUCGAAGCCGAAGAAAAAGAUCCGAACCGAUGGAGACAUUCCGGUUACAAGAAAAUGUACAUAGAAGAUGAAAGCAGUUCGGAUAGUGCAAACGAAGCGUUUCGAUACAAUCGGAAUAGAACCAGUCGUAGCCGGAGUCGGUCUCGCAAUCGUAAAAUUUCUCCAACAUCUCCCAUGCGCAGACAAGAGGUGAGACGACAGUCACCGAUACAGCGUAGACGCUCACCGCGUUCACCAGAUCAGCGUAGACCUCGUUCACCAGACAGGCGGCCGCGCACACCACCAUCGCCAACAAUGUUGAAACGACGUUCACCACCCAUGAAACAAAGAGCCAUCGUACCUAGAUCAAAACGACCGCCGUCACCUCCGCCAAAGGGGGCUCGUACUCCAUCGAACAGUUCGGUAAGCAGUUGCUCCGAUGAUUCUUGCUCAGUUUGUUCACCGAAACCGAGACAUGGACGAUCAAGAUCUCUUUCUCCUACCAACGCGCGUCAUGGGCCUCGUUCACCGCCUCCGAAAACAGCUCGCGCUCCGACUGCCAUUGCAUCCAUUAACUCAAAACGGGUAAUGCCAUCCAAUCACGCACUGCCCACUUCGUCGCGAGCACCACAUUCGCGUGGUGUUGAAGAUAAACAGAAACUUCCUCCGAUAAAACAUCGCAUUGAGGAGAAGACAAUCUAUCCGACCGAAAAAGCUUUACGAACGGAACGGAACGUAGCGUCGCGUCACAUGAUCGAAUCGCAUGCCGAAAUGUCAGCAAAACAUAAAUUGUCGCGUUCUGGUCGAUCUCGUUUGGAUGUACCGGAAGAUCCGCGUUUAAAAGUUCGUCCGCCGGAACCAAUGGAACCACUGUCAAAGAAAUCGAAAGAGAAAUCAUCGUCUGAUAAGUUAAGAGCGAAAGUUAAGAUUGAAGGUGAGAAGCGUAAGAAAAACGAAUCAUCUGAAUCGGAUUCCGACAGCAGUGAAAACUCACUACCGACACUAACUGCCACCACUCGAUUAACGUUAUCGGAAAGGUUCGGCAAAAUGGCUCAAUGGAAAUGGAGUGUCGAUCGUAGCAAUCUAGAGAACAUGAACAUGCGCAUCACAAAGGAUUCAAGCGGUGGUGCCCUUAAAGUUAUGAUCGAAGAAGGACAACAAUCGCCGCCGAGGCGAUACAGCUAUUCCCCAGCGCCAGUUGGCCAUUUCCCGGAAGAAUUGGCUACGACAGCUCCCACUGGUUUGAUGUCCUGGGAUGACGUCCGCGUUCGCUACGAAUACUACAAAAGUCGUGGAUAUUUACGCGAUCUGGAUUUAAAGGACUAUGUCAAAUGGGAAGAAUGGUGGUAUCGUUAUCAGGAAUGGUUGAAGCAGGAGCGGUAUUACGAAUUCUACGAAAGACAGCAAAUGCACAGACGCCGACGGAAGAAGAUUCCCAUAUCACAAAGUUACUAUUAUUAUUGAUUGUCAUCAUUUGAGAGGUUUAUGCGGGAGGAGUAGAGUCGGUUUUCACGUGAAUAUUCAGUCACUUUCAACGGUUCAUUUUCACAUGAAAAUUCUACGAAUUUAAACGACUGAACAAUUUUAACAAAAACGUGACAUUCAAUGAUUUGACAAACUUUUGUACACAACAUUCUAUGUAUCAUCAUUUCCAUUUGUGAAGCUCGUUAAAAAAGAAAAAAAAAUGGAUUGAUUGCGGAAUAUCAUAUGUUUUUCGAAGUGUGUGUUUCAGAUGACCGUUCGUAAUUGUUAAAAUGCCAUAAAACCUGAAGAGCGCUUCGUCACAAAAUUUUAAAUGACCAAAUGGUGGUGUGCUACAGAAACGAAAUAACUCCUUUUAUAAUCAGACACUAAGCCAGAGACAUUAACUAAUUGGAGGCGCUAAGAAGAAGUCUCUUCACUGAAGCGACGAGUCGAAAAUAUUUUUCGUUUCCCUUCACUUUGCUACCAAUGCAAAUGACUUUCCGUUCGACUCAACCGAUGUAUCAAUACAUCUUUUUUGUUGUUCGAUUCCAUAGAGUUGCACUCGAGAGGUGGUAUGGUGGCGCUGAUGCUAAUCGGCACCUAAAAAUUACAUGGACACCCAGACAUGUUUAA